CACAAAAAUAUUUUUCUCCCUCUAGCAGGCACCAUGAGUACAGCAGCCGAGGUUGCGCAGUAACCACGGCAGGAAGGAGUUAGCUCUGUCCUAGUCGCUCCCUUUGCAGAGAGCCGUGAAGAAAAAGAUCUUACCUCCACUUUCAAAAUGGAACUUGACAUCCAGUGCGAGGAGAUGAACCCAUCUAGAUGGGCUGAACUUCUUUCCACCAUGAAAUCCUGCAAAACCAUCAGGCUGGACGACUGCAAUCUUUCUAGUAGCAACUGCAAGGAUCUCUCCUCUGUCAUUAAUACGAAUCCGUCCCUCACAGAGCUGAAGCUGAACAACAAUGAGCUGGGAGAUGCAGGCGUGGAAUACCUGUGUAAAGGGUUGCUGAUGCCAAGCUGUAACUUGCAGAAAUUAUGGCUGCAAAACUGCAAUCUAACGAGUGCCAGCUGCGAGACUCUCCGCUCUGUCCUCAGUGCGCAGCCCUCGCUGACAGAGCUGCACGUGGGUGAUAACAGACUUGGAACCGCUGGCGUAAAGGUUUUGUGUCAAGGGCUCAUGAACCCCAACUGCAAGCUACAGACGUUGCAGCUGGAAUAUUGCGAACUCACAGCUGAUAUCGUGGAAGCUCUCAAUGCUGCUCUGCAAACCAAGCCCACCCUGAAGGAGCUCAGCCUAAGUAACAACACACUGGGAGAUACAGCUGUAAAGCAGCUGUGCCGGGGACUGGUGGAGGCAAGAUGCGACUUAGAGCUACUACACCUGGAGAACUGUGGAAUAACCAGCGACAGUUGUCGGGAUAUUAGCGCUGUCCUCAGUAACAAGUCAUCCCUGAUAGAUCUGUCCGUGGGGGAUAACAAGAUCGGGGACUCUGGUCUGGCUCUGCUGUGUCAAGGACUGCUGCAUCCCAACUGUAAAAUUCAGAAGCUAUGGUUAUGGGACUGUGAUCUCACAAGUGCUGGCUGUAAAGAUCUCUCCAGAGUCAUCAGUACAAAAGAGACUCUCAUAGAGAUAAGUCUGAUAGACAACAACCUGAGAGACUCAGGCAUGGAAAUGCUGUGUCAGGCACUCAAGGAUCCCAAAGCUGAACUCCAGGAGCUAUGGAUUAGAGAGUGUGGGCUCACGACUGCUUGCUGUAAGGCAGUCAGCUCUGCUCUCAGCGUGAACAAACACCUGAAAGUACUGCAUAUCGGCGAGAACAAGCUGGGGGAUGCAGGCGUCGAACUCAUGCGUGAAGGGCUGCUGCACCCGAAUUGCAACAUCCAGUCCCUAUGGCUGGGUAACUGUGAUCUCACAGCGGCCUGCUGCCCGACUCUCGCCACGAUCAUGGUUGCCAAACAGUGCCUUACUGAGCUGGACCUGAGCUACAACACUCUGGAAGAUGAAGGCAUGAGGAAGAUUUGCGAAGCCCUGAGGAAUCCAAACUGCAAGUUGCAGCAGUUAAUUUUGUAUGACAUUUUUUGGAGUUCUGAAAUGGAUGAUGAACUAAGAGCCCUAGAAGAAUCCAAACCUGAACUGAAGAUCAUUUCAUGAGUGCUGCAGAGCCAAGUCAAAGCAACAUCCUCUUAAUCUGACCUUUUCAUAUAUCAGGCUAAUUAACUUAAUAUAGAAUGUGCUUUUACCAAAAAACAUUCAUAGGGUCCCUGAGUGGCUGUCCAAGGGAGUUGAUAAGCCUUCUGUGCAUCACUGCAUGUACUUAAACCUGAGGCUUAAUAAAGCUUUGUAAGUUUUCACUGCAGCAUUGCUAUCCUCAAACUAAACACUUACUGGGCAUCUGCUAGAAGUGGGUCUCUACCCCUUUAGGAGCUCUUUAAUCCUAAAAUCCCUCCUAAUGUAUUAGUCACCCUUUAAAGGGAGAUAAGGCCAGAGGAGAACUGCCCCCUCUAUUAUUACUGGGUGGUGCUUUUGCCAGGCCUCUGGGGAAAGCUCUCCAAAACCAACACAAACAUGUUUUUUAACCCCAGAUUGAGCUCUCCUCUGCUUUCCCUAAAAGACUUUUUGGAAAAGCAGUGGUGGCCAGAGCACUGGAGAAGAAAGUGGUGAGUGGCUGUUCAGCUGCUUUACUU